CCGAAGAGAUUCCCGUUUCUUUCUCCACAAGAACAUUGUUAGGCGCGUUCUAUCCACGCUCUUCAACGGUCCCCCCCCCCCCCUUCAAUCACUUCUCCACACGCUUCUCCUUUCCUUCUUCAUCUUUGCCCCUUCCUCUCUCUCCAUUCAAAGGGUUUUAGGCGCUUUUAUUUUCUCAGUUUUUAUCUUAAACCCUUCUAGGGUUUUCGCCGAUUCCAAAAUCCUUAGUUUCAUUACCAUGCCAUUUUCCAUCGACUAACAACUAUGAUUGAAAAUACCAAUACCAAGAAACAGAAGAAGGGUUCAAUCAGUGAGGAAGAUAUCUCUACUCUUUUACAAAGGUAUCCAGCAACUACUGUUUUGGCACUGUUGCAAGAAGUGGCGCAAUUCCCUGAUGCAAAGUUGGACUGGAAUGCUUUAUUCAAGAAGACUUCUACUGGUAUUUCUAAUGCCAGGGAAUAUCAGAUGUUAUGGCGCCAUUUGGUCUACCGGGACACCUUGCUUGAGAAAUUGGACGAUGGGGCUGAACCCUUGGACGAUGAUAGUGACUUAGAAUAUGAAUUGGAACCUUACCCUUCUGUUAGUAGCGAAAGUUCAGCAGAGGCUGUAGCAUGUGUGAAGGUACUGAUUGCUUCUGGUUUGCCAAAUGACUCGAGUGGUGCAAACAGCUCAAUGGUGGAUGCUCCAUUAACUAUAAAUAUACCUAAUCUGAGGUCAUCUAGAGUGACUUCAGAAAAUUUGCAGCUCACUUGCUCAAAGCCAGGGAUGAACAUUACUGUUCCUGUUUCUGUUCAGAAAAAGAUUUUGCCUGCUGUGCCAUCGACUGAAACAUUGGAAGGAAAUGGACCAGCUGGUGCAAACCUGCCAAAUCGCAGGAAAAGAAAACCUUGGUCAGAUGAAGAGGAUUUGGAACUUAUUGCUGCUGUGCAGAAAUGUGGUACUGGGAAUUGGGCAAAUAUCUUACGAGGAGACUUCAAGGGAGAUAGGAGUGCUAACCAGCUGGCUCAGAGGUGGAAUGUUAUUAAGAAGCGAUUUGGCAACUUAAAUGUGGAAGGAAACUCGAUGAUUUCUGAGGCACAGUUGGCAACUCGUAAUGCUUUGUCCUUAGCCCUUCCUAUUCCAGAUAAAAAUUUAACAGGUGCUUGUUCAAACAACCCUGGUUUGAAGACUGCAUCUGGCUCUGGACCUCCAAUUGCUAGCGGUGAUGCUUCAGUUCGAACCGAAAACCAGUUCCAACAAGGCCUCCUUGCUUCUGUUGAAACCCAAAAUCAGUGUCAAACAUCUGUCUCAUCCCAUAAUCGGCCUCAAUAUGGCCCGAUCACUUCUGUGCCCACCCAAAGUCCAUCCCAGCAAGGUCCUGUUGCUUCAGUCCAAGUCCCAAAUCAGUCUCAACAUGGUCUAAUGACUACACAAUCCUCAUCAUCUGGUUCUACUUUAAAAUCUCGGGUUAACUUGAAAAGAGUCCCGGCAAAACCUUUUUCCACCACAGGCUUGAUCCUGGAUGCCACUGCAGUUGCUGCUGGGGCCCGCUUUGGUAGCCCAAAGGCUGCUGCAUCGCUGCUGAAGGCUGCCCAGUCCAAAAAUGCUGUUCAUAUUAUGACUUCAGGUGGCUCUUCAAUUAAACCUCUCAUUCCAAGUGGAACCUCUUCCCAAUAUGUUUGCACUGGUUUAACAGCUGAACCACACUCUUCUCCCGUUACAUCUUCUACCUCGCAUCCUGGUUCGGUAAAACCUGCAACUCAAAGAGUUGAGGAUACUCCAUCUGUUUCUUCCUCUCCAUUAAAUGCACUAAUUCAGCAAUGUAAUGCUGGUACAUCUGGUCCAACCAUUGAAGGUCCUCUGAAGGAAGAGCUGGAGGCAGCAAUGGAGAUUUCUGUGUCAGACAGUUCGCCUAAAGAGCAGGUGCGGGAAAAUAGAGCAUGUGUUUCAAAAAAUGAAGAAGGUGAUGGAGUUAAAGAUCAUAAAGAAGCUGUGCCAAAUCCGAAAUCCAAGUUGAAUCUUGAGGCCGCUACAGGACAUUCUAAUAAGAAAUUAAUGGUUAUAAGUGAUCAAUUAUAUGCCAAAGCAAACCUGGUUGAAGACAGUGAAAAUGCGAAUGAUAGUAAGACUGAUUUUUCACUGGUUAAAAAAAGUGUCAUUCAACCUAUAGCUGAAGAGCGAUGCGGGAAUCAGAACAUUAUUGAGACACCGGCUAAAGUUACUCCUUUAAAUGAUGACCGCACCAAGAAUCUGGAGGUUAUGAGCACACCAGAAACUGACCAAGCUACAGAGUGAGGCAUGGCAUCUUGUUUAUAGUAAAAUAUCUGUCAAUUUUAGGUUUUUAUCCUGCUAUUUUAGGAAAAUAUAUUGUAGAUAUUUAUCUGGAAAA